GAAGUAAUCCCGCGCCGGAAGUGACCCCGGGGUGGGUGAAAGAUGGCGGCGGCGAAGCGCAGCGUUCUCUCAUCUUUGGCUGUGUACGCCGAGGACUCGGACCCAGAGUCGGACAGCGAGGCCGGGACCACAGGCAGCGAUGGGGGAGCGGCUACGGGAGAAAAAGGAGGUUUGGUCUCAGUUGGCUAUGGCGAUGACGACUUCACCCGCUUGGACGGGGAUGAGGACGGGUAUGAAGAAGAGGAUGAUGAGAACAGCAGGCAGUCAGAAGAGGACGAUUCAGAGACUGAAAAACCUGAGGCUGGUGACCCAAAGGAAUUCUCAGAAGUGGAGAAGAGGGAUCCUCAGGAGCUCGUGGCUUCUUUUUCAGAGAGAGUGCGGAACAUGUCUCCAGACGAGAUCAAAAUACCCCCAGAGCCUCCAGGCCGAUGUUCUAACCAAUUGCAGGAUAAAAUUCAAAAGCUCUACGAGAGGAAAAUAAAAGAGGGCAUGGAUAUGAACUACAUCAUUCAGAGGAAAAAGGAGUUCCGCAACCCUAGCAUCUAUGAGAAGCUGAUCCAGUUCUGUUCGAUUGAUGAGCUCGGUACCAAUUACCCAAAGGACAUGUUUGAUCCUCAUGGCUGGUCAGAAGAUUCUUACUAUGAGGCACUAGCUAAAGCCCAGAAGAUAGAAAUGGACAAAUUGGAGAAGGCUAAGAAGGAGCGCACAAAGAUUGAAUUUGUGACCGGCACUAAAAAGGGCACAACAACAAGUGCCACUUCUACAACUACCACAACAGCCAGUACCACUGUGGGAGAUGCCCAGAAGAGGAAGAGCAAGUGGGACUCAGCCAUCCCUGUUACAACGAUAGCUCAGCCCACCAUCCUCACCACUACUGCAACACUGCCAGGCGUUGUCACAGUGACAACCAGUGCCAGUGGAUCCAAAACUACAGUCAUAUCUGCUGUCGGCACCAUCGUGAAAAAGGCAAAGCAGUGACUGUUGUGCUGGGUCUGGAUUUUGAGACUUAAUUGUCAUUGAAGCCAUUGUUCUUGAAAGGGAGCGGUAGCUUUUGCCUUUGGUAAAAGAUGACAAGAUUCUUUGAUACAGACCACAGUUCUCUUUUGAAAGAACCGGGGCAGGAGCAGGCACGCCAGCUGUGUGCCCACAGGAAUGGACCUCUGCCGAAAAUGCCUCUGCCUUUUCCUGCUGCGUGAAGAACCAGUCUGUGUGUUGUGCUGGAGGAACGCGGUACCUGGACUCAGCCCGUAAAUGUUAGCUUAUUAAAUUACUGCAUUGAGUUCUUGAAAGUCUGGUUUAAGGUGGGGGAAAAAAAGGCAAGUAGUGAAGGACUGUAUCACCCUUGUGUGUUCCAGGUCCUUCUCCAAGCCUGCCCGCAGCGAUGUGUGCCGCUCUCUCUCCCUCCCUCCCUCCCUCCUUCCCUCCCUCCCUCCCUCUCUCCCUUCCACUAACUCAGUCCAGGACUGUUGGUCAGUGUCUGUCUCCAAAUGUGCGUCAGGGACUCAAGGCGAUCCAUGUCUCUGACUUCAGACUCAUGCCUUGUUAAGUCCUGACGUCUGUGCCUGUCUGUGUGUCUAUGUAGGCCUUCGUGACCACGCGUUGCACAGCUGAACAAUUGCAGAAGCUGUGCUGGAACAGUCGUUACCGCCUUGCAGGACAGAGAUUGCUAUGCAGACCCCAUAAACUGUGGAGGUUGGAUUUGUGAACUCAUUUGCAAAGAUCAAUCUGUCUUUGCCGUGGAAUUCAAUGGGACAGCAGAUAGGCAGAGGAGAACGUAUGAUCUUGGUUGUGACGUUGUCCAUCCUUGUACUGGAUAGUGAUGUUCUUUGAGAUGCACACGUGGCUGUUACUGCUUGCUCCGCUGUUGUGAACAAAUAUUUUCAGUUGAAAAUUUUAUUGUAUAAAUCUUACUGUGUAGCAAAGAAUUAUUAUAAAAAUGGAAAAGUCCUUAACAAAGCCC